UCGUUACAGGAAGCAGCAUCAUGUAGUCGCUGCCAGGGCUCGUUCCAAAAGCUUACUCCAUGAAAAACAGACGUGCGCUUGCGAUCUGCUCAACUGAUCCUUUUUCCUCGCUCUCUUCUUUACAGUCUUGUAGACAAGAGACCCACAGGCCAGAGUAAAUGAGUAUGAAAUUCUCGAGGGACAAAAGGGCAACAAAACCUGCCAAGCGACUCUGUUCAUGUGAUUCAAGCUGGAUCAGGUCUGCUGAAAGCGACGACAUGGAGAGAGGUGGAAAACAAAUCCGGCAAUGAGACCUGCCGUGAUUCUGCUGCAGGAGAUCUGAGGGUUGCCUGGUAGACCCUCUGCUUAAGCCAGUGUUUAAAAAAUAAAGAAUCAUCACCCUGGAAUAUUAGAAGAUUUCCACACAUCUGGAUAGUCACAUGAUCUUUCGCCUAAUGAACCUUAAGGAAAUGUCACUCGAAUUAUGUUGAAAAGAAAACUCCUGGAGAACAAAAAAUGAACCAGCUGGAUGCAACCAAGUCAGGAUUUUUAGUGUGCAUUGGGAUUUGCAUUUGCAUUUUCACUUUCCUUUACACCAGAAAUACAAUUCCAAAGGAACCGGAUGAAGACCAACCCUACCCAAAGUCUGCCGAAUGUGGCUUUUAUCCGGAUGAACUGUGCUCGGCCCUCUUUGAGGGGAAAGGCGCUGCCCCUCAAAUUGGACAGUUUUGUCAACAGAGUAUUCACCAAUCUGAAAUACCUGCUUGUUUACAGUCCCGGGGGAACUGUUCCAGGAUUUUUCAGGGACUACAUUUCAUAACAAGACCCUUGUCGGCAGAGGAAGGCAACUUCUCCUUGGCCUACAUCAUAACUAUUCAUAAGGAGUUAACAAUGUUCUUGAAGCUGCUCAGAGCUAUUUAUGUGCCUCAAAAUGUUUACUGCAUACACAUUGAUGAAAAAUCCCCCAAGGAUUACAAAGCUGCUGUGCAGACUUUGGUUAACUGUUUUGAAAAUGUUUUUAUUUCAUCCAAAAGGGAGAGUGUGGUUUAUGCUGGAUUUUCAAGACUCCAGGCAGAUAUUAACUGCAUGACAGAUCUAGUACAUUCCAAAAUUCAGUGGAACUACGUGAUUAAUCUUUGUGGCCAGGAUUAUCCCAUCAAAACAAACAGAGAAAUCAUACAAUACAUCAAAAGCAAAUGGAAUGGUAAAAAUAUGACUCCUGGAAUAAUUCAACCAGCUCACAUGAAACACAGGACACAUCUUAGUUACAAAGAAUAUGUCCACAAAGGAACCGCCUAUGUUUAUCCAACUAAAAAAGUCAAAGAAGAACCACCUCAUAAUUUAACUUUAUAUUUUGGGAGUGCUUACUAUAUUCUCACGAAAAAGUUUGUGGAAUUCACACUUACAGAUACUCGUGCGAAGGAUUUGCUUGAAUGGUCGAAAGAUACAUAUAGUCCAGAUGAACAUUAUUGGGUCACUCUGAACCGGUUAAGAGAUGCUCCUGGUGCAACACCAAAUGCUGAGUGGGAAGGAAAUAUUCGAGCUAUUAAAUGGAAAGAUCAGGAAGGAGUUGUUCAUAAUGGCUGUAAAGGCCAUUACGUACGAGAUAUUUGUGUGUAUGGACUGGGGGAUUUACAGUGGAUCAUUGAAUCACCUCAUCUAUUUGCCAACAAGUUUGAGCCCAGAAGAUAUCCGCUUGUGAUGGAGUGCUUAGAGAGGAGGCUCAGACUUAAAGUGCUUCAGCAAGCAGAGAUCCCUUCAGAAUCACAUUGGCAAUUUCAGGAGAACAGCUACUUUAAUAUGAAAAUAAACAUCUGAGUUGCCAGUUCCCAAUAUCAAUGUCAAAAGAAUAAAGAGAGAAACCAUAUGGCUUGAGUUCAAGGCAGUCAUCUCCUCUUUUUACCAUAUGGCUCCCAUGACUAUGAAAUAAGCAGCCAGUAAAAAAUAAACUUAGGGAAUUAAAACUUUAAUUAUCUUAAAUUUUUAUGUACCAAAAAAUUGUAGGGACAGCGUUACUUUGAUAUAAACUGGAUCUCAAAUAAAUUCUGGAGGAACAAUGAAACAUGCAGUGGUGCAAGGAACAGAAGAUUAAUCUUCGAGGGAGGAAAUUAAAUUCUUAUUACCAGGUGUUGUGUAUGGAUGAAAACCAGAAAGCCCGA